AUGUCAGACAGUAUUUCCGUGGCUCAAAAAUUAUCGGCAUAUUCUGCUGGCGACGAAUGGAAUAUAGGGUCUAAUAAAGUCUCGUCUCGAUCCCCAGAGCAUCCUAGCUCAUCUUCCGAGACCACGUCAUAUUCAAGUGCAACAUCGCCAUUGAGUGAGAGGUCGGUCUCGCCUCCUGAACUUCCACGAUGGACAGACCUGAACCGAGAAGACAUCCCUGCUUCUGUUCUCAAUUCUGAGUUCAAUCCAUUACCAUAUGAGCUUCGACUCAAACCCAGAGAAUCAGACAAUUGCAUCUCAAUAGCCUUGGGCGAUCAAGAUGCUACAGCAAACUAUGAUCCCAAUGCCAAGCAUGACCCAUGGCUGAAGCCACCAGUCGAAUGCUUCCUCCGACGCAAACGACCACAGCCCACAAGACCAUUCAACUAUGCCGAGUAUCGUGCUAAAAGACCAAAAACGGUGACAUGGCAGCGUGGUCGCUUAGAGGGAAAACGCAAAGUUGUAACAUUCAAACUCGAGUCUGCAAACGCCGCUAAACGAAUGAAAUCUUAUGGCUCAUCUCUUGACAAUUGGCCAGGGCCAGCUUACACAACAGAAAAUGGUGAGCCUAAUUGGGAAGCAUGGUGGAAGUCACACGACCCUGUUCCGGAGGAGGAGUACCUACACUGGAAUUCUUAUGACUUUCGCGACAGACCGAAUCUCUCACCUGGAGACGCUAACGAUGAAGACCUUUCUCUAGAAGAUGUUACCCUUGGCCAUCCAGAAGCCCGUGGCUGCAAGGCUUGCUUCUCCUUUGGUCAUCCGUGUCCACUUCUCGAGGGAGGCUCAAAGUAUCCCUGCAACUUAUGUGCCGAGGACGAAGUGGACUGCGAGCUGCUCCUGGAACCUCCGGAGAAGGCGCGCUGCCUGUAUUGUAUUUCGAAGAAAAUAAUAUGUUCUUUUGCUUCUGAUCCAACUCAACGAGGUGCAUGCCAGAAUUGUAACCUCAUGAACAGGAAAUGCAUUGCUGGACCAAAGAGUGGGAGGACUAGAACUGGGCCAUGCUAUGAUGUGGGGUCUACACCAGACGAAGCGAAUGCGAGAUCGUUUGUUACGUGCACGCAGUGCCGAAAGGCAGGCAAAUGGUGCUCUCUCAAGGGGAAGCGCCAGCAUCCACCUUGCAAGCGUUGCUUGGAAGCUGACACGAGUUGCACCUUCGAGUCACUGAGCAGGCGAGCAUUCAACCGACAAAAUGCAGGGCGUAAACAAACAGAGCCUGCAAACGUAUCUAAAGAUCCAUUACCGAGGAUCGCCAAACCAAGAACGAGAUUAGGUCCGACCAAAUCGUCCAUCAAGACCAUAGUCACGAAAUUAGCCAAUCCCAUCCAAUUCAACUUUGAGCCUACGCAAAACGACACCAUAGCCUGCCACUGGUGCGAUGAUCUGAUCUAUGGCAUACUCGGUCUUGGUGAGGUGCAGAUCGAAGUAAUUGACUACCACGAUCAGGAAGGCUAUAUCGAGAUAGGUGGCGGCCAUACCGCAGCUGGCCACGCACCCAGCCGAAUGUGCGACACAUGCACCCUAGAACGAUUAAUGAUAGCAGCUUGCCAUGUUCAUGAGCUUGAGCCUAUCGAAGGAAGUGACCCUGCGACAUUCGAUUUCACAAGUAUCACAGAACAUAUGAUGCCCGGCAUGGCGGCCUCCGCACCUUUCCAAUGGUGCUCCGUUUGUCCAGCUCCAGCGUUUUUCAAAUGCGCGAAGAAAUCAGGUUUGGAAGGAAUGCAAGACGGAGGAGAAUGCCUUCCUAAUGAGCAUGGUUGUGGGCUUGGGCUCUGCGAGUUCUGCGCUGUCAGCUUAGUUGGGGAGCAUGACGGGAAUCUCGGGGGUUUGAUUGACGCGAUGAGCAAGCAACGUGCAGACGAAGGGUUUGGGUUAAGGGCGGAUGUGGACUUUCUGCAUCCUCACGGUGAAGUGCUCAGAAGGAUGUCUAGGGGUUGA